GCAUAUUGUUGGCAAGAGUAAAUUUACAUAUGAUUCGAAAGUAUUGCAUUCGUAAAAAUACAAUCGUAAGUGGACAUAUAUAGUAAGGCAAAGCAAGAACCAAGAGGAAUUAUAGUACAAUAGAUUACCUUGGUGAAAUGGACCCUAAAUUUAAAAAUGACAUAAAAAAGAGGUUUUCUAAAGAUCGAAAACUAUUACAAAAUGUUAUAACGGAAUGCGGUAUGAAUGAGAACGUCCUCAAGCAGUAGAAAAAAGCUAAUUUGAAGAGCAAAAUCCUGGUUUAUGUUCAUUAAUUGAUAGAAUAUGCACUUAUUAUGAAGCGCCAGAAGUCUAUGGAAAAAAUGUUGAACCUGCAACAACGGGCAUGAAAAGGAAAAAUCGACUUGAGAAUGAUACCGGAAACCUGGUUUAUGCAGUAUUGGGACUCUCGUUUCAAUUACCCAUGAGGAAACGUUUUGAUACAUAUAUAUAUGAACAUGGUAUCAGCAUUACUUUACCCGGAGAAGAAAACUCAGUGGAAAUUUGGCUACCUUGGACAGAUAUCUACUUCGUUUGUCAUACACCUGGUCCUCGAAAAGCUAAUGUUCAGAAUAACAUAAUUAUUUUUAGAAAGAGCGAAUCAAAAAGCAACUCUGUUCUAGAGGACGCAACUACUGAAGGGAAUGAACCCAUCCUCUUUACUGCACCGUAUUCUUUGGAAAAGCUGAAACUAGUAGAAGGCCAACGUUCUUUCGUUCAUUGUACGAAUUCUUGGGACAUCUUUAGAGACUUUUUUGAGUAUGUGGGGAUAAGUACUAUUGCUCCAUCUAAAGAAGAAUUUGUGUGUCCUGUAGCUCAAACCGGCGACAACGGGGUAUCGUAUGGCGUAGAAGCAAAUUAUAAGAACAAAGAUGGCUACCUAUAUUUUCUAAAGAAAGGUGUCCUUUGGGGGUUUCGUAAACCCGUGCUAUUUAUUGAAACUUCAGAUAUUCAGAAUUUUUACUAUAGUAAUGUUUUACAAAGAACUUUUUCUAUAAAUUUUGAAGUGAGGGAUACGACAAUAUCUUUUGAUAUGAUUGAUCAAAGCGUUUUCCAAGCCCUAAAUGAAUAUGCAACGACGCAUGGAUUGAUGGACACCAGUUUAGCAGAAGAAAAAGCUGCUCCUCCAACGAAGAAUCCCACUAGUACGUACUUGCAAGAGGCUGAAGAAGAUGAAGACAAUGGGUCAGAUGAUAAUUAUUCAGAUGCAGAACAAGUAAAAGAUGAAGGAAAAGAUGAAGACCAAGAACAGGAACAAGAAUCUGAUGAUGACAGUGAAACUCUUGACUCCGAUGAAUAACUACCCUAGAAUAUAUACAUUAAUUUUGCUUUCUUUCAUACUUUAGUUUCAAUGACUUGUCAAUUGCAAACAUUAUAUUUUUUCAAUAGCAAAAGAUUUAUACUUAGAAGUCUAGGCUGAAAAGAAACUAAUGAAAUGGAAGCAUUUGUUUAUUCUCAG